CUGACCUCUGCCCUCCCAUUCUCCAGGACGGCGCGAAACUCCAAACCUCUCGAGGUCAUAGGCACCUACGACCCCAUACCGAAGAAGGAUUCGUACGAUGAGUCGGGAAAGCUACACAAGGACAUCAGGCUCGACGUCGACCGGGCCAAGUACUGGGUGGGUGUCGGGGCACAGCCGACGGACACAGUGUGGAGGUUCCUCUCUAUGCUUGGAAUACUGGAGCCAAAGUACCGACCCAAGGCCAAGAACCCACCUCCGCCGCUGCAGACGGACAGCACGACCACGACUAGUAUCUGA